CUCUCGCUCACCAAACCAAUCCCUUCACCCGGGACGAGGUACUUAUACGUAUCUAGCAUGAGCUGGCCACAGUCAUCUCCGGAGCACCAGAGUUCAGCAAACAACGGCUCUCAAGAUCGGCAGCCCGCUAUGCAGCGCCUGUAUCGCACACCGUCACCAACGCAGAAGGCGCGUAUUUCAGGUAUCAGGGACAUCUCGACAGCUGAGUGCACGCCCACCACGCCAGAUGGAGCAUCUCCGACGUUCUUUGAGCUUGACCACCUCGAUCAUGCAUCAUCGGAAAUCCCUGAUCCAAAGACACCCGUAUCUAAACGUAUCAGAACCAGCUGGCAUGGCCUUCCGUCUCCUACCACGCCGGCAUAUUUUACUGAGCGCCCGUCACAGCAAUCCACGACUCAACCUUCCGAUGAUGAAAGAACGGAGCCAGUCGACGACAUUUGGGCCGGAGAGAAACAUGACACCCGACCCUCAUUUUCGCCCAUAACAUGUCAUUCUGACUCGACACUCGUCUCCAGCAAGAUUACAGACUCGCUUGAUGAGGAAGCGCCGCCUAUUAGCCCUCCCUCAGCCCGGCGCAGCACGCGGAUCCAAAGCAAGAUGAAAAACCAGGACAAACUUGACCAGACCACGAAGUCCAUGAAAACCCCGAAGCCCACCAAGCCGAGCAAGCCCAGCAAAUCUGUUAAGCAGAACGGCAGUGUACUGUCGCCGAUUGCAUCGCCGCCGAAUCUCACGCAGGCUGAGAUCAGUGAUUCACCUUUUGAAGUCCCUCUCUCAACAAGUGGUGAACUUCCUAUCCACCUUUCGACGCAAUGGCAGUUACAGUACCCUCCUGGUGGUAGUACGCAUCCUUGCUACCCUUGGCCAACUGCCGAUCCACGGUUGACCUUCCACGCGCAUCAUGUGCCACUCAACAACGGGCUCCCCGACGUGUCAUAUGUUCCCACUUUGGUCCUUCCUGUGGGAUGGCGCCGAGCAUGCUGGUCUGGUCUAUAUCCUGUUGUGUUUGAUCCGUACCAACAAGCAUUCAAGUUGACCCCAAUCGGCCCUCUCCCUCUUACAAGCGAGGAGGUCAACCAAGGUGGACUGCAAGACUACAUUCCCGGAGGCAAGGCACACCCAGAAUUCGGGCUGCUUCCGAUGCUUUCGAUCCUUAGUGAUGGGUCUGACAGCGAGGUCUUCAACUUUGAAGGCGUUGACUGGAAACUGCCCUGGGCCCAAGUUGAAGGAGAUUUCACGUUUGAGAUCGUGACAACGUCUCCUGUCGACGUUCCUUCAACUACACCACCGCCAACGCCGUACUACAUCGAACAACGAGACAAUCCGGACGAUGUCAUCGAUCUAGAAGACGCAUGGAGGUGGCUAGAAGAAUGGGAUCCCAGCUCCACGUCUGUAUUUAAAGCAACACCUGGCAAGUCCUGGCAAGGUUCGGGAAUCCCGUUGACGUCACGGAGUAUCAAACAGCCCAUCGCCAGUCUCAUGUCUAUGACAAUGGCAGACAAAGAUCCCGAAGCUGAGCAUUACCUGGUGAAGCAAGUUCGAAGGGACUUUUGCCCUCUGAAGAGUGUAGCGACUCCAGUACAUGUGGAUAUCACGUUGCUGAAGGGCGUAGAGUUCACCAUCGUUGAGCUCCUAACUUAUUUUCCAUCACACUAUCAGUGGCGAGGAGCUACUAGACGGCUUGUCCGUGCUGGGUUGAGCUCAGCAGAUGUUGCCAAUUUUGUCAAUAUGACGAGGAGUCUACCCGCGGGAUCACUGUGCGUCGCAGGUACGGUGAACGGGUACCUUUCCUGGGACCGGGAUGACGAUGGUAACCGAAUUCGUUUGGAACUAUCAGCUGAUACCGCGACCUGCUAUACAGCAGAGCAUUGGUCGAAUAUCGUUUGGGAACUAGCAGAUUACCCUCUUCUGGGUCUGGCGGUUGGUCUCAAGGAUCUACCUUCCGGAGCUGAUGCAGGCCCCCUCACCUCUCUCAUUCAGUGGUGUCGCGAACAGAAGCGUCACAAAUCAAUGCUCAGCGACGUUCCCACUUUGCUGAAAGAAGCUAAUAUCGAGCCCUGCCUCGAAUCCGGUAAUGGUACAGACCCCGAUGAGAGCGUCCUCGCCCGCUAUAGCACCGCCCUCAAGAAGGAUCGCCUACGAGUUUUGAAGGAUAUUCGGGUCUUGAAGGAGAUCAAAGAGACCGAGGCUCUGAGGGAGAAGAGGCCAAAGAAGAGGACGUUCGAGUAACCAUAGUUGGCUUUUGGGAUCGAACAUGCGUAUUUUGAGGUCUCCACGCGAUUACCGCGAUGAUUGGGACAUGGUUACAGCCUGGUUUUGCGACAUACAGGUUGGAAGCUGAGUUUUGCGAGUCUGAAUCAAGCAUGGGUGCCGCAUUGAGAAGUCCGAGCUGUAGAUAGCGGAGCGUAUAGUAACUCAACGAAUUGCCUCGACCCAAAGUAUGUCAUCUCAGCAGUCAAAUGACUAGCUACGUCUUCGAAGAGGUUGCGCGUAUGUCGGGAGUGCAUCUAGGUAUCAUAGCUAGUGCGUGUCAGCUUGUCAGCGAUGCAGGCUUCUCGUUCGAUGAUUGGUCGCAGAAGAGCGCCCAUUUGCCAAAUACCGGUAGUCGUGUAUUAUCGCAGCCAAGUCGACGCGAUUCACGGGAUCGAUGGGAUUAUGGAGGAAAAAGACCGGCCGGCACACGAACUCGGUUAUGAGGUUUGGAG